AAGCCCGGACGGAGCUUAGCUUUGCAUCCACAGCAUAGAUCGAGUUUGCUUGCAAGAGAGCGCACCAUGGACAUGGCCAUGACCACGACCACGCCCUCGCAAUCCCAUUCCCAGCCGCUGCCAGUAAUCCUACUCCUCCUCUUCCUCCUCCUUUCUGCGGCGAUUCCUCACUUGAUCCUGGAGGCUGCUGCUGCUGAGCAAGAUGAGCAGCAGGCGAUCACACUUGCGGAUUGCCCCAACAAGUGCGGCAACAUGAGCAUCCCCUACCCGUUCGGCAUGAAGCCUGGCUGCUUCCGCCAGGGCUUCCAGGUCACCUGCAACUACUCCUUCGAUCACCCUCGCGCCUACCUUGCCAACAGCGAGCAGCGGACACAACAGUUCUACGACAGCGUGAAGGUAGAGUGGUACCGUCAAGAUUGGGAUAGAAAUAUAACACUGGAUAGCACGGCCUUGGAGCUUAUCGAUAUAUCAGUUGAAAAGGGUGAGGCGCGCGUAUACGGCGCGGUCUCAUCUGUGUGCAAUUCAAAUUCUACCGACUACAUAUCCAAGUGUCAUCAAGUGUGGUUGGGUGAGGAGAUGGGCCCGUUCCUCCUGUCGGCGACGCGCAAUGUUCUCAUCGGCGUCGGCUGGAGAGUCCAUCCUAUGAUCAAUAGCAACCGGUGGUUAUUGCCUAACGUGUCAAAUGACUUUACUAUCUCCUGCCUUUCUGAAGUCAGAGGCUUGCCGGAGUUCCUCAAGUUCGCGACCAACGGAUCGUGCUCGGGGCAGGGUUCAUGUCCGGCGAAAGGCAAGCAGCCACCUCCAGACUACGCCUGCAGCGGCAACAGCUCCUGCGCCAACGCAACUAGUGGCCAGGGCUAUGUCUGCAAGUGCUGGGACGAUUACGAGGGCAACCCUUACAUCACCAAUGGAUGCCAAGACAUCGACGAGUGCAAGCUCCGCGAUUCUUAUCCUUGCUCCAGUGAUGGGGUCUGCAAGAACAAGUUGGGGGGCUAUGACUGUCCAUGUAAGCCCGGAAUGAAAGGCGACGGCAAAACCGGAAACUGCACGGAUAAAGUCCCCCUAGCAGAACGGGUGAUUUUGGGUGGAAUAGGUGGUAUUUUUUUCAUGGCAGUCCUAUCAUUCCUUAUUCUUCUUCGCAAAGAGAAAAGGAAAACAAGAGAGUUUUAUGAGAAAAAUGGUGGGCGUACAUUAGAGGAAGCAAAAUUCAUAAAACUUUUCAAAAAGGAGAAGCUCAAGCCAAUUUUGAAGAGUAGCAAUUUUAUUGGAAAAGGUGGCUUCGGUGAAGUUUACAAGGGCAUUCUUGAUAAUGAACAAGUCGCUGUGAAGAAGCCGAUUAGUGGUAGUGUGCUAGAGAAUGAACAAUUUGCAAAUGAAGUCAUCAUUCAAUCUCAAGUCAUCCACAAGAACAUCGUUAGGCUCAUAGGUUGUUGCCUAGAAGUUGAUCUCCCAAUUCUAGUCUAUGAGUUCCUCUCCAAUGGUAGCCUCGAUGACAUUCUUCACGGGAACAACAAGGUGCCUCUCAACUUGGGUGUACGUUUAAGUAUUGCUACAGAAUCAGCAGAUGGUCUGGUUUAUAUGCACUCAAAAACCAAUACCAAGAUCCUACAUGGUGAUGUUAAACCAGCAAAUAUACUCUUGGAUGAUAAGUUUGUGCCAAAGAUCUCAGACUUUGGCAUGUCAAGGUUGAUUGCGAGAGACAAACAGCACACGGGAUCUAUCAUUGGUGACAUGAGUUAUGUGGAUCCAGUAUAUCUACAAACAGGCCUACUAACUGAAAAAAGUGAUGUCUACAGUUUUGGAGUUGUCAUCUUAGAACUUAUUAGUAGGAAGAAAGCCACACAUUCCGACGGCGGUAGCUUAGUAAACAAUUUUCUUGAAGCUUACAAAAAAGAGAAGGAAGCAACUCAGUUGUUUGACAAGGAAAUUGCAGUAACUGAAGAUUUGGAGAUUCUUGGUAGUUUGGCAGGGAUCGCUGUGGAAUGUCUUAACCUUGAUGUGGAUCAAAGACCAUGGAUGACAGACGUAGCAGAGCGUCUUCUCAAAAUGGAUCGAUCCCGUAAGUCGCAAUUUGCCCUGCAUAAUCCAGUUUGAACAUGUGUAUAUUAUGUCUUGUCGAAUAAGAUAGGCAACUAUGGAUGGGGCAACAUCUAUCUUACAAUGCUGUUGUGAACAAAAUCCUUCAAGUAGAAGCAGGGGACGUCUCCCUUGGUUCCAAGAAAAUUUGUAACAUAACU